UUAACUGUACAUUGUAUUAUUAAACAUAAGUGUAUAGUAUAAUUACAAAAACAAUUCUUGAUAAACAUUAAACACAUUAAAGUUCAAGGGAAAAAAGUAAUUUUUGAGUAUCGUCAUAUUCUGAAACUGAUUAUUUAAUUAAUACUGAAAAAUACUAAGGAAGAUUUUAUUUACACGAUGUGUUCUGACCAAAACAAUAUGCAUAAUGGAAGAUGAUUCCGAGUCCAGUCGUGAUAAGCGAAUUGAUGAUCUUACAAAAACUAAGAAAUUUGCUCAAAACAGUACAAAAAGUUUGGAUAGUACUAAUUUAGAACCUUAUAUUAUAUCUAUAAAACCGUUACAAAAAUUUACUUCAGGUGUACCCUAUGAAAUUAAUAAAUCUCUUUCUUCUCAAGUAAUGGAGUAUUAUCAUAAAUAUUCUCAAAAUUCAAAUUUGAAUCGUUUUUUUUCAUUGCCUAAUGCCAACGCUGAACGGCAUAGCUAUUCUUGGAAAGCCCGUGACCAAAUAAUACCUAGAUCACGACAAACCGUUGCUUCGUCAAAUGAAAACAAAACUGUGAGUGUUUUUGAUGCCCCUAAAGAAAGACGGAAAUGGACUAGGCCUCCUCUUAUUGGACAAUUAUCUGGAUCUUCCGGUAAAGUUAUUCCGUCUUCAUAUAUUGAACGAAUUUCUCCAGAGCCAAGAACAUCUAUAGAACCUUCUGUAAAAAACGAUACCUUUCUAGAAACAGAAGGAACUGAAAAUAGUCAGAGAUUAGAUAAGUCCGUAAAUUCAAAUUUUGAAACAAUUGAUCGAGACCUAAAAAUUUUAUCUCCAACGUCUAGUAAUACAUCUCACAAACCACUAGAAUGGGACAGUUGGGCAGAUGUUGGCUAUAACAAUGUUUUGUCAUUAACAGAAAAAGAAUCUGUAAAUACGCUUCGAACAGUUGAACAAAAAGUGUCAACUCAAAGCUUAUGUUCCACAUCAUUUCGUUUAGAUCCCGAAGGAACGACAGCUUCAAACAUCGAGUCUUUUAACGACAAGACCAAUAACUCACUAUUAAAAACUCGGCAACAUUCCUCAGAACCUGACGCUCACUCUACCCGAUUAACAGACGGUAUUUUAGAAUCAGAUGAGAUCAAAAUCACUCCGAUCAUAAAAACUAGUCAUUCAAAUAUUAUUGUAGGGGAUGUAACUGGUAAUGAAGAUAUAUCACUUAAAAGCGACGUUCCUACUAAAAAGGAUGAAGAAAAUCCGGCUUCAAAUGUUGAAGAAAUUGAUAAAUCAAAAAUAUCCGAUGCUGGCAAAUCAAAUCCAUCGCAAAAAAAUAUUUUAAUAGACGAUAUUAUAACUCCUAUUAUUGAUUCUUGUAAACGAAGUAUAAGUGAAUUGGAUUUACGAAAAAUUAUAAGUAAUGACUAUAAAGAACUGUCAGUACCUUUUAAAUUUCAAUCUAAUUCAUCAUUCGCAGCCAUAAAUAAACCAAUUUUAUGUGACAAAUCUAUCCAAAUAAAUUCUACUCUUGAGUAUGGAUACAAACAAAAAUCAAAAGAAAGUAAAAUUUGUUCAACUGCAGAUUUAGAUGAAUCUAAGAAAGUAAAUGCGGAAGAAAAAGUUAAAAAUUGGCAAACUGAAUUACCUGAUGAAAUAAAUAAACUAACAAAUGAAGGGCUUCUGAGAAAAGAAGAAAUUAAUCCAACGUUAAAAAGUCCACAGUCGAUUUCGGACUAUGAAGUCAAAGCUAAAGCUACUAAGUACAGUAAAGCAAAAGAAGAAUUUCAAGUAAAUGAAAAUUUUCAUUCAGAAAAUCAAGAAAAGACAGAAGGAGGUCGGACAUCUAAUAGUUUUGAAUAUUUUCCCGGCCAUACUUUUCGAAAUUUUCCUCACGGUGAUAACGCCAGUCGGACAUCAUCUUUUGAAUCUGAAAGAUCUUGUUCGACGAUGCCGAAUACUAGUUCAAGUUUGGAUGAAAAACUAUGGGGUCACUCUGAUAGUCUUCUUCAUGAUCUCGAACGGAGUUUGACGAUUCUCAAGAGUCUUGUUAACGCUAAUAAAUGUGACAAACAAGUUAAGAAGCGCUUAAUUCAUCAUGUAAUAAAAAGGCUCAUUACAGCCAAGUACACUGACGAUCAAAUAGAGUACAAAUUAGAAGAUAACGUACCAUGGAAUCCAGAUAAUGCGAGGAAUAAGAUCUAUUGCACAGAAAUGAUUCAAGCGUUUGCGAAAAAAAGAAACCAACAGAACAGUACAGAAGAAUCAUCCGAGGAUUCUAAAUUAAAUAAAAGAGUUUUUUCCUCAAAUUGUAAAAAUCAAAGUGGCAACAGGGAAAUUAAAGGGAAAAAUCAAUUCGUAAACAGCGAAAGUAGUGAUAAUUUUGAAGAAAGAAAUACAGAUAGAACAGACUACAUGUUAGAUGGAAGAAAAGCCCGUAUGGGCCUAAGAAAUGAUAAACGCCGGUUUCAUCAUUACCGACAUAACCAAUCAAAUCAUCAGAAAGAUAGUGAGGUUUUUGAUGUUGACCAAUAUGAAAGUUCCGAUAGCUUCUUGCCACAAUUAAAAAAUUUGAAUUACAAAGAAAAACCAAUGGUUAAAUCAACUAACGGAAUAAGGGAGAUCUCAUCAGCACCCAUCACUACAACCAUUUCUGCCCGAAUUAUCCAAAAUUCAACAUCAACUGCGACAACUACAAUUACUACUACACCAAACGCUUCUAUUAAUUCAACUGUUAUCACAACUGCUACUACAACUAAUGCUACUACUACUACUAAUACUACAACCCCUAUUUCAAUUAAUAGUUCACUUAAAAAUUUGAAGAAACAAAGUGAGAUUGAGCGAAACAUUGGGCGGGAAAAAAUUGACUGGAGAUUACCUUCAACGAUGUCAGAAAGACGCUUUGCGGAUGAAUGGUGCACUUCUAGAAUAGCAUCAGCAACUCGUCUCAUAGAUUAUGUUGAAGUAGAAAAGAAAAAUCAGCUUAUGUGGAUCAAUAGCGAGAUAAAUCAUCUGUCAAGUUUGAAAAAGUUGCUUGAAGAAUCGAUAAAGUCUAUUAAAAAAAAUGAAAAUGACUAUUCAAGGGAACUACUUUUGAAUAUCGAAGAAAAGUCAAAACGUUUAGGAGAAAAUUUACCUAAAUCCGAAUACUUUAAAAACAAACCAUGGUCUUCACAUGGAAAUCUCGUUGAGAAAUGUAAUGAAAAUUACAAAGUUUCAAAGAGGCAAAAUGGUCAUGAAAAACACCAUUUUAAUGAUGCUACAAAGAAUGAAUUGAGUGACAGUGUACAGACUGCGAGGUCGCAAUUGGCUAGAGUGUCAUCAUCCCCAGAAGUUUGUCAACAUGAGAAAGUCAAAAGUGACGAAAACAAAUGUAAUAGACGUCCAUUAACUUCAGAAUCUAAACAAUUAACGAAUGAUCAAACAUCCAGAGGUCAGUCUCAAAUUAGGUCUAAAAAAGAAACGAAAAAUCGAAUGAAUGAUCAAUGCAAGAGUGACUUUGUAGGUAAUGAAAAUGAAGAGGAAAUUGAUAAAACUAAAUGUUGUCAUAAAUGUUGUCACAAAAAUAGAGAAAGAAAUAGUAAAGAUGAUCGAGGGCAGUCACAGCAAGAACGGGAGAUUAAAGAGAAGGGUAAAAAAAAUGUAACGGCAAGCCAAAUGAUCCUUUGUGGAGAUUGUAAAGCAUUUCAUGAUAAAAUUAAUUCGAAUUUAUCAGAUAAUUCAAUUUAUAUAAAGCCUAUUGCUUAUGAAUUAUCUUUUGAAAAGAAAAGUGAAAAAAAAAAUUCAAACGUGAACCAAUCAUACGACAAAACAUCGAAUUCACCCGUCUCACAGAUGUCAGAUAGCGGCGAUAAUUCUCAUUGCGAUUCAAUUCAAUUUCAUUUAAAGGACUACUUGAAAAAGAACAAACCAAAAUUUGUAGAUAAUGUAGAGAUGAGGAAACGUUAUAUAUCGGAAAUUUCACAGCUAAGAUUAUUAAAAAAGAAAAAUAGAAUGCAACUACUAGUACACGAUCAAGUGUCUAACUUGACUGUCAACCAAAAACCAAAGCUUUCGACUAAAAGUUUUAAAAAAAUCGGUGAUGACGAAAUGAAAAUGAGGCUACGUUUACGGCAUUUGCGACUAAACGAAAUUAGGAGUAAGCGCAAACAACAAGAAAAAGACGAACGAGUGAGAAGAAAUCAUCUUAUGGCUAAAAUAUUCUGCAAGAAACUACAACAAAAAGUCCUUAACGGACAAGUUGAUUUGUCGCAAAGCAUUAGUGUAAUAUCUAACUUAUAAAGAAAAUUUAAUUGAAUAAAAUUAAAUAGAAAUAAGGGAACAUUUUAUUUUCAAAACCAAAAUUACGUAUAUAUUCCUGUACUUGUGUGCGCAUGAGCACAUACUUCCCUGCUUAACAUCAUUAUUUAAUUACUUUAAAAAUGCUACUGUACAAUUGAACAGAAUAUGGCAUAGGUUCGAAUAAUUCACUCGACGCGUAACCGAAAUGGUCUGGGUUCGAC